GGCUUCACACAGGAAAUGCCACGUGUACCAAGUGCGCAUGCGCGCUCUCCGUGCUCCCGCUGGACUUCCGCUGGUGUAUCACCGUGACAUUAGUGAACGCGUCGAGCGAGAGAACGCGUCACACACCCGAGAGACGCUCGCCUACUGAACCGAGCGACGCUUCAGGAUGUCCAGCGGCGGCUUCGCGUCACAGAACGGCGCGGGAGGCUCGCACGCGAACGGUCCGUCACAGAACCCCGUUGGUGUGUUCUCCUCUAAUCAGGGCUUCAUGGCACCGCCGCAGCCGGGCUUCAACACCCUGCCCACCAAAGGUGCUCCGCCGGCGGGCCCGAGCCUCUACAGCAACAGCCAUCGCCAGCCUUCACCCGUCAGCACGCCCAACCACAGGAGCACACCGCCCGCCAACAGCUACCAGCAUCCUCCUGCUCAGCAUCCUCCUCAGCCUCAGUAUCUUCAGCAUCCUCCUCCUCCUCCUCAGCAGCAGAUCCAGCAUCCUCAGCAACCUCCACAGCAUCCUCCGCAGGGCCAGUAUCCUCCUCCACAGCAGAUCCAGCAUCCUCCUCCUCCUCCUCCUCAUGCCCAGUAUCCCCUGCAGCAGCCCCAGAGUCGUCCUCCUCCUCCUCCUCAGUCCGGCUGGAGCCCCGUCCCAUCCGUGAUGCAGCACAGCGCUCCUCCUGUCUUCCACAACACUAUGCAGCCGCCCGCACCCUCUGUGACCGCUGGCCCUGCGCUGAAUGUGAUGUACGGUCCUCCUCGGUCCACAGCUGUGAGCGGGACACACAGCAACGCGGCGGCGGGAGCGAUGCACACACACCCCUCACUGCAGGCCUAUCAGAGUGUGUCCAGCGCACAGACGACCCCUGUGACCCCUGCCAUGCCUCCCGCACACACACCGCUCUACACACCGCCGUCUGCUCAGCUGAGCCCCUCGUUAGCGGCGUUAAGCCUGCAGUCUCCACCUCCAGAGGCUCUGAGGGCCGUUAACCUGCUUCAGGAGCGCAGUGUGCUCCCUCCAGGAGCCGUGUCUCCGCCGGUGCCCUGUCUGCCACAGGACCUGCAGAAGCUGAACGUCAGCCCAGAGGUUUUCCGCUCUACUCUCACCAGCAUCCCACAGACUCAGGCUCUGCUGAACAAAGCCAAGCUUCCCCUCGGCCUCCUGCUACACCCCUUCAAAGACCUCUCACAACUGCCUGUAGUGACGUCCAGUAACAUCGUACGCUGCCGCUCCUGUCGGACCUACAUCAACCCGUUCGUGACCUUCGUGGACGCUAGAAGAUGGAAGUGUAACCUGUGUCACAGAGUCAAUGAUGUUCCAGAGGAGUUCAUGUAUAAUCCGGUCAGCAGAUCGUAUGGAGUGCCUCACAAAAGACCCGAGGUGCAGAGCGCCACCAUCGAGUUCAUCGCCCCGUCUGAAUACAUGCUGAGGCCACCGCAGCCCGCCGUCUACCUCUUCGUCCUGGACGUGUCUCAUAACGCGGUGCAGACCGGAUAUCUGGACGUGGUCUGUCAGACGCUCCUGGACAACCUGGACUCGCUUCCCGGAGACGCUCGGACGAAGAUCGGCUUCAUCACGUUCGACAGCAACAUCCACUUCUACAACCUGCAGGAAGGCCUGUCUCAGCCGCAGAUGCUCAUCGUGUCAGACGUCGACGAUGUGUUCCUGCCGACGCCGGACAGCCUUCUGGUCAACCGGAGCGAGUGCAGAGAGCUGCUGCAGGAUCUGCUGACCAGUCUGCCGCAGAUGUUUGCUCAGACGAUGGAGACUCAGUCUGCUCUGGGUCCGGCGCUGCAGGCCGCCUUCAAGCUGCUGUGUCCCACCGGAGGACGCAUGUCUGUGUUCCAGACGCAGCUGCCAACCCUCGGCAUCGGAGCGCUCCAGCCCAGAGAAGAGCCCAGCCAGAGAGCCAACGCCAAGGACGUGCAGCACCUGAGUCCUGCGACGGACUUCUAUAAGAAGCUGGCUCUGGACUGUUCUGGUCAUCAUGUGGCCGUGGAUCUGUUCCUGCUGAGCGCACAGUACUCUGACCUGUCCUCUCUGGGCUGUAUAUCCAGAUACUCGGCUGGAAGCGUCUAUUACUACCCUUCAUACCACAAGCAGCACAACCCGGCUCAGACGGAGCGCCUCCAGAAGGAUCUGAAGAGAUACCUGACGCGUAAGAUCGGCUUCGAGGCGGUCAUGAGGAUCCGCUGCACUAAAGGUCUGUCCAUACACACCUUCCACGGGAACUUCUUCGUGCGCUCCACUGACCUGCUGUCUCUGCCCAACGUGAACCCCGACGCCGGCUUCGCCGUGCAGAUGAGCAUCGAGGAGAACCUGCUGGACCUGCAGACCGUGUCCUUCCAGGCCGCGCUGCUCUACACCUCCAGCAAAGGAGAGCGGAGGAUCCGUGUGCACACGCUGUGUCUGCCGGUGGUCAACUCUCUGUCAGACAUCUUCGCUGGAGCUGAUGUCCAGGCCAUCACUGCUCUUCUGGCCAGCAUGGCUGUGGAUCGCUCGGUGACGGCGAGUCUGAGUGAUGCUCGUGAUGCUCUGAUCAACGCUGCCAUCGACUCUCUGUCCUCCUUCCGCUCCUCGGUGCUGACCGUUCAGCAGCCCGGUCUGCUGGCCCCCGCCUGCCUGCGUCUGCUCCCGCUCUACAUCCUGGCCCUGCUCAAACACAAAGCCUUCCGGACGAGCGCCAGCACCCGGCUGGACGAGCGAGUGUUUGCCAUGGGUCAGCUGAAGCACCAGCCGCUGGCGUUCCUCAUGAUGAUGGUCCAUCCAGGCCUGUAUCGUGUGGACGAGCUGACCGAUGAGGGGGCUCUGAACAUCAACGACCGCACGAUUCCUCAGCCCAGAGCUCUUCAGCUGUCCGUGGAGAAGCUCAGCAGAGACGCGGCGUUCCUCAUGGACUGCGGCACAGUCCUGUAUCUGUGGGUGGGCAGGAGCUGCAGCCCGGUGUUCCUCACAGAAGUGCUGGGAGCGGAGAGCUACGCUGCUGUUCCUCUCAACAUGAACCAGCUUCCAGAGCUGGACACGGCCAGAUCGUCUCGACUGCGAGCGUUCGUCGGCUGGCUGAGAGAAACCCGGCCGUUCCACGCCGUCCUGCACGUCAUCAGAGACGAGUCUCCGCUCAAGGCUGAGUUCAUGCAGAACAUGAUCGAGGAUCUCAGUGAAUCCGCUCUCUCUUACUACGAGUUCCUCCUGCACCUGCAGCAGCAGAUCUCCAAGUGAUCCCACAAUGCCCUGCUGCGGAGCCGGACGCGUCUGUGUGAGGAGAGAUCCUGAAAUAAACAACAAAAAUGGUUUCUUAUGAAUUUCUUACGACCUUUGUAAUUAGUGCUAUCCAGAAAUAGCGCUUUAUAAUUAGUGUGGUUUGUCACAGGUUUGUCUGUGUUCUUCAGUCCUUGUUUUAAUGGAAGAUCUCAGACAGGUUCACUGAGAAGAGAUGCUUUGUGUGUGAUGUUUAACACGGACAGAUUCAGACACGCCACCCUGUGAUCUUUACACAUCAUAGAAACAUGUAUAUUGAUAAACCGAUAUUAUAUUCAAGAUUGUUAAUUUUAGUAAAAACAUUAUUCAGAUGAUGCGAGAUGAUAAAAAUCAACUGCUUGGGACUCUUUCUUUUUCUUUGUAUGAAGAGAUUUUUAAGAUCUGGCUGAAUCUGAGAGCUUUAGAGGAAGUGAUGAGCUACAGAGACGUGUGGAAGCUGACUGUGUGCUUAAAGCUUGAAAUAAAAUACAAAAUAGAGAAUAAAUACAGAGAUUUCUCUGCCAUGAGUAGAGUUUAACAUUGAAUGUGUGGUUGUGAGCAGAGAACUGAUGAAGGUAAGAGGAACACAAUAAUCUGAGCUUCAGUCUUGAUUCUGUUAAAUCCACCAUUCAGAGGAAUAUUUUUAUAUUUGAAAAAAAAAAUCCUCUUGAUUCCUCUGCGGUUGUUCAGCUCAUUUUAGCACACACAACUGUUUUUGAGAAAUGAUUUGUAAAUUCUCAGCAAUUUUGUACAUGUGAACUUUCUGAAGGAAUGAAGUCAUUAAAGAGGAAGUCUCUGUGUGAGCUCUCCUGAACAUCUCA